AUGCCGAAAUACUAUUGUGAUUAUUGUAAGUCAUAUUUGACCCAUGAUACAAUGAGUGUGAGAAAAUCACAUUUGCAGGGGAGGAAUCAUAUCAAAUUCUAUUGUGAUUAUUACGAAGCAAAGGCGAAGGAAACUAAUAUUUGGAAUCCUCUGAGCAUACCUUAUGAAAUGACUCUAGAGAAGUUGAAUCGAUAUAGUGAUGGGGAGAAAUCUAGUGGUUCAAAUGAAGAUAAUAUGGAUAUCGACAGGAAGGAGAGUAGUCUAGAUCAUAAUUCAAGAAAUGAUGCUCAUCAUGGUGACGAUGGCAAUGGCAAUGGCAAUGGCAAUGAUGGCGACGAUGAAGAUGAUGAUGAGAUGAUUUUUUUGCCACCUCCACCCAACUUGCCUGGAUUACCUUUGCCUCCACCAGCAGUAUAUAACAAUCAAAAGGAAUAUCAGAAGGCUAUACUAAGGCAAACAUUAACGAACAGCUGA